CGCGAGUGAGGAGGGCGGCGCGGGCCGGCGCUGAGGGGAAUGUCCCGGGCCAGCGGCACAACUGCAGGGGCUGCGCUGCCCCUCCGCCCGCGGCUCUGGCACCUUUGCGGACCUCGGCCCAGAGAUCCCCGUCAGCUGGAAUAGUAAAAGGACUCAGGCUGUGUUGCCCGCUUGGGUAUUCAAGCCGCAGCUCCUGUUACUUCUGGUAAUUAUCGGUCAAAGUCUUAGAAGGUUUUUGUUUGCUUUUACUCCACGGGCUUCUGCAGCUCUUGCUGGAGAAAACAGCUAGUGUAACUGUCCGUGUGGGACCGUAAACCAUCCGGGAAUGCCCUUUGAAGCAAAUCGGGCAGCAAAGAGGGCCAAGGCAAAGGAUGUAUGUGUUCAGCGGUGGGGGAUUUUAUUUUGAUUUUUUUUUUUUCUUACCCAAGUGUCAAACAAGACAUGAAAAGCAUUCAUUUAUCUUUAAAUGACUGAUGCCUGAAAAAACAAUGCUCUAGAAGGAACUGUAGCAGGAACUGGGUUUUUUUUUCCCGAAGAUUUAUUUUCCCCACACCAAGUUAAACUCAGAGCUGAUAGCUAUAACGCCUCUUUAGCUAAGACUUGGCUUACAAUGAUGGGGAAGCCAACCCAGUAACACUGCAGGAUACCUCUCGAAUCUCACCACUGGCUUAUAAACAAACAUACUUUUUACAAAUUCAUAAGAACUGGUUUAAAAAAGUUCCUCUUGAUGGUGUUUGCAGCCCUUUGUAUUCACACACUAAUAAUGAUGAGUGUAAUGUAAUAAACAUCCUUUAUGAACAGAUGUGUUUCUUUGUGUUGCAGCCCUAUAUUCUGUUCUGCUUUCCUCUGUCCAUUGACUUCAGGGCAUCCAGGUAGCUGAAGUGUUAGACCUCUUCCCCUGUGUCCUCCCCACCCUCAGUCUCAAUAGUAAAAGUUUCAGGUUCUUCUUGCUAGCAAACUGCAGCUUUGCCCACCGUAUUUUAAGACUUGGCUUCGAUUUUUGAAUACCGAUCUAGAGACCUCCUAAAUGACUAAUAGUUCUGCAAAACAAAGAGCUCUUCUUGAGGGUAAAGCAUACAAGAGAGAGAGAGUCAGGUGGUAAUCAGACCACACACUCAGUUUCUAAGGGUUAUCUUUGUAGCUGGGGAUGUGGAUUGGCACUUUGAGUGGCAAGAGUGGGCAGAGGAAUCCCUAAGAAUAGAAAUGGUGCUAAUUGGUACGUGUACAGGCAGAGAGACUCUGUGUGGCAUAAGAACUGUAGGCCAAAAGACAAACAGCAGACUGAAGCUUAACAGUGCUAUCAGCCUGUCUUUUCAUGCCUGUUUAUAAGAUUGAAACAGAAAUAUCUGAGCCUUUGUAGAAUUGUAAGCCGACUCUCAUGGAUCUGCAUGUUUUCUUCUUCUUCUGGUGUGCUUCUUGUUUCCAUCCAUUUCAACUUUUUUAUCCAGCCUUAAUAUAGGGUAGGGUACUACUUGUCAUGGAAUGGUACCCUAGAAGGCUAUGAAAAGUCAUUAGAGCUAAAUUUGCACUGAUGGUCCUGUUCAAAUGUAUACUGCUCAAAGAACUGUACUUUUAAACAGGCAUCACAUCACAAACCAUGAUCAAUUAAUUGCAGCUGAUGCUAACCAAAGGUUUUGAAGAGGGUGUGGCUGCUGUAGCAGCAGCUGAUACCAUUUCACUGUUAAGCUAGACUGAAGAAAAAGAAGUUAAAAGAUGUGUUCUGUGCUUGUACUGUAAUUAUUCUUCACUCUUCGGUUUGGGUUUUUUUGUUGUUUUUUUUGUUGUUGUUGUUUUUUUAUUUUAUUUAGGUAAGACUACAGUUUAAACUCAAGAGUUUGACUCUGACAGCUGGAGUACAGAGGCAAAGGGCUGUUGGUUUUGAUUGUGAAGAAGCAAACUUGCAUUCAUUUGUUUAGAAGCCUAUUAUGCUGGGAUUGGUAAGAAAUCUACACACAGCUUUCUGAAUGUUGGUUUGACUUAAGACCUGGAAGAGAAGUCCUCUCAAUGGAUGAUGGUGGACCUGAGCAAAGGUCCUGGGCCUAUCUACCUGAUGUCUGUCUGAGGCAUGUCUUCCACUGGUUAGAUGACAGAGACAGAUCUCGGGCUGCCUUGGUCUGUAAAAAAUGGAGUUGUGCCAUGCACUCUGGAUCUCUCUGGAGAUGCAGAACCAUCACGUUCUAUGGCCAACCAUCAAGGGCACGCACACUGGAGUUUCAAAGUGCACUGUGGUAUACCAAGAAAUUUGGCAAGUAUUUGAAGCACCUUGAGAUCAAGUUAUCAAAUCCUUACAAUACCCCCUUUAUCAAAAAAUUUCAAGUGAUUAUGAGAGGUCUUCUUUCACACCUGGGUAAGUGUAAUAGUCACCUAGUAUCCCUGAGCAUCAAGUACCUAGAGUUAGACUGCUUGAUCUGGAAAAAUGUAGUUAGGGCUCAGUUUAUUAAGAACUUAGCUGCCUUCCUGAAAAGAAUGAGCAAUCAACUUGAUUAUCUUAACUUAAAAGGAGCAAGAAUAACUUUGGAAGAAGGCUGUGAGCUUCUGAAUUCUCUGAGCAGCUUGACUAAUAGAAGCUUUAUAUCUGAAAUCAAUAUUGAGGAUUUCUUCAGUCUCCACCUUUCUGUCUACCGCAGUGCUUUGUUCCACCAAACUAUGUCUAAGUUCCACAGGCUAACCACCCUGACUUUCAAUUAUAACUGCAUGUCUGAUGAACUGCUGGACAUCCUGCGGGAGCACAGCUCUCACUCACUGUGCACCUUGAAUAUCAAGUGUCAUAUCCAUGACCCUCAUGGGCAAGUGGUCUCAGGAAUGUCGUGGGCAAACUUGGCCAAGAGAGCCCCGAAACUGAGUGUGAACUUCUUCUUUGAAAGAGUAAUGAAGCAUGAUCACCUAGCUAGGAUCCUACUCGUGGAGAUCCCAGUUAGGAGCAUCAGCCUACGGAGCUGCUAUUUUAGUGACCCAGACUGGACAAUGAGACCUAUCCUCACCAACCUUCUCCCAGCUUAUUGGCAUGGUCUGCAGAAAUUAACACUUGAAUUGAACAAUGACCGUGAGUUGCUGGACAAUGAGCUACUACAUCUUAUCUUAUCAUGCAAGAGGUUGUUAUUUCUGAAAGUCUGGGCAUUUCUAAGUGUCAGCUUUAUGGAGAGGCUGCUACAAAACCGUGCAGAAAGGAAAUGCAUUUUGACUACCAUAAAGGUACGUCCAAGUAAAGCAAUAAUUCCCUGAAGGACUUCAGCUUCCUUCACCAGUUCCUGUUCCACCUCAUCAUGCACCAAGUC